CGGGUUUUUGAAUUAUCAGCAGAGAAAAAUUCGAGAGUCAACAAGAUAUAUCUAAUAUUCCUUCUCUCAAAUAAUAUAAAAUAAAAAAUACAUGAUAUUAUUUUUAUUAGGGAGGAAUUGAAAAUUUUAUUAAUUAUUACUUUAUUAUUUUUUAUUUUAAAAAAAGAAGCAAUGAAAGCUGAACAUUUACUCUACAUACAAAAAGACAGAGAAACACAACUCAGUUUCACCUUCAUUUCCCAACCAUGAAUUUCAUUGCUUGAAUGGUUUUCUCUCUUCCAUUGGAUUGUACAGAUUCCCAGCUAAAAACCCAUUUCAGUCUGUUGAUUUUUUGGGAGAUUCUUCUAUUUUCUGUGUCUUUUCUAGGAUAGAAUUCCUUUUUUUUUUUCUUUUUUUUUCCGUUUGAUUUCUGCAACUUUUAUUUGGGUUUUGCUGGGAAUCUUUCCAUAGCAAGUAAUAUUCUCUUAACUGGGGUGUACAGAAAUAAACGAAUUUGGUGCAAUAUCUUUGUAUUUUUAGUCUAUUUUCAUCAAGAAAUUACUUGGGUUUUUUUUUUUUCUAUAUUUUUUUAAUUCUAUUGGAGAUCAAGGAGGGGAGAGAGAGAUGGGAAAGGAAGGGCCUUGCUAUCAUUGUGGAGUUACAAGCACUCCUCUUUGGCGGAAUGGACCACCAGAGAAGCCAAUUUUGUGCAAUGCAUGCGGCUCUAGAUGGAGGACAAAGGGCUCGCUUACAAACUACACCCCACUGCAUGCCCGUCCGGAUCUUGUUGAUUCUGUGGACUACAGAGUUCCUAAAGUGAAGAGUAUAUCUAUUAAGAUCAAAGAGCCGAAGUUGCACAAAAGAAAGCACUGGGAUAAUGAUGCAGAAGUUGAAAUUGAAGCGCCAAAAUCCGACCAGAACUUCCGGAAAGUUCUGGAGGAGGAUACAAGCAAUAGGUCUAGUACUGGUUCAGCCAUAUCAUACUCCGAGAACUGUUCUCAUUUUAACAGUGCAGAUGCGAACGAUUUGACAGGUUCAGCACAAUCCAACGUUUGGGAUGUGCCUUCGAAGAAGAGGACAUGCGUUAGUCGCCCGAAGCAAUCUCCCGUCGAAAAGCUCACAAAGGAUCUAUACUGCAUUUUACAUGAGCAACAACAGUCAUCUUAUCUUUCUGGAUCUUCAGAAGAGGAUCUGCUUUUUGAAAGUGGAACUCCUAUGGUCUCUGUUGAGAUAGGCCAUGGAAGUGUUCUCAUCAGACAUCCAAAUACAGCAGCCCGAGAGGAGGAAUCAGAGGCGAGCUCGCUUCCGGUCGAUAGCAAAGCCCACAUUGUAAAUGAGGCCUAUUCAGCGCCGACAUCCCUUCCUGUACAUACUGAAAGCAAAGGGAUAAAUUUUUCAAAUGUUGGCACUGAAAAGUUUAAGAGGCUUAUGGGACAAGGGGAACAAGAGCAUAUGAAAAGAGAUAAGUUCUCCCAUGAGAAGCUACAUAUUCUGCAGAAUAACAAUUCGCCCCUUGGAACCAUAGAUCUAAGAGAUGUUGUUAGCUUUGAGGAAUUUGUGAGACAUUUGACACAUGAAGAACAACAGCAGUUGAUGAAAUUACUGCCUUCUAUUGAUGCUAUUAAACUCCCUGAGAGCUUUAAAAGUAUGUUCGAUAGUCCUCAAUUCGUGGAGGCGUUGUCUUCUUUCCAACAACUUCUUUUGGAGGGAAUAUUUGAUCUUUCUCUUCCAGGAGUAAAAACCGAAGAGUGUACGAAUUUGAAGAGGCUAGCAUUAGUCAAUUUGACAAAAUCCAAAUGGGUAGAACAGUACCAACGGCUCAAGAAAUUGCAAGAUGGGAAUGGGGUUGCAGCAGGGACCAAUUCUGUUGCAAAAGGCAUGUUGACAAGCCUUAAAAGAGUGCACAAAAGUGGAAGCACGAAUUUUCCUUCUAUAAAAUCUCCUCAGUUGAAUUCUAGCAAUCUGGGUGUAAAAGAAAGCCACAGAGCCAAGGACAUAGAUAAUGAUGGGUCUUGUUUCAGUCCAAGAAGUCUGUUCGCAUUCCCGCCAGACAGGAGCUUGCUAGAUUCUUUGCAGUUCACAGAUGACAGUUCUGACCAAGAUUUGCUGUUUGACGUGCCAUCAAAUACGUCCUUCCCACAGGCAGAGCUUCUACACUGCCAUCUUUGGAAACAGAAAACUCUCCCAAAUAGUACACUGAUAGAGAACAAACAGAUUCUCUCGAGCCACUCAUCUUCAAGCCUUAGCAGCCAACAGCCAAUCAAGAGCAGCUUUGUGUUGCCGCAUCUUGUCCUCCCAUGACAUGCUUGUCCAUGCGACUACAGGCGUGCCUGUUUGGCGAGGCCGACAACUUGGGUCUGUCGUCCGCUUAUAUUUGCUGCGAAAAGCACAAGGUAUAUGUAAAUGAGGUUCAACACGUGCAUGCGCUUGCAGCUUGCUUAUCUUCCAUACUGUUAUCAUGGGUGGUUUUCUUUUCCUCUUUUGCUAUUUUCUCGACAUUUGAAUACACUAACCUUGGUUUGAACUGGCAUGUUAAGGGAUGAAUGUGGCUAGUUUUGUAUAGGCUGACAGAAGUUUGUAUUAUAUCUGAAACUGCAACAGAAGGGUUCAUGUUUUCAGCUGGAGGGAGGGUAAGUAUGUUAGUUGCUGCCUUUCAUAUGACGGAGAUAGACUUUUCUAGCUGCUUCAUAUCAGAGCUUGUGCUUGUGACUUUCUUCUUCUCAUUUCUGAGUAAGCAAGAUUUUUAUGGUAUGAGAACAGUAAUAUAGAAUAAAGGGAUUAUGAGACGAGCUUAGCGAAA